AUGUAUGGGUACUUUGUUACGACUGCGCCCAGCGGAGCCACUCUUAAGGCAAUAAGAUGUAGAUUAGUCAAAGAUUCCUUAAAGGAAUACCUAGUUUGCCUAAAAAGGCACUCAAUAGAAGUUUAUUCACUCGAAAACAAUCAAAAUAGGACUGUAAACAAAGAUGGGAAUCAUUUCAACCCGCCAGUGUUAACUUCUGUACUAAAUGCAAACAGUACAUUUGUUAAUUUUAUAGAUUACAGACCACCAACAGAAACACAAACACAUUUGUUAGUUCUAACCCGAAAUUUUACACUUUUCCUACUCACUUAUCACGAAAACCUUUCAAAAUUCACCUCCAAAGCAGUUUCAUCUUUACAGGAACUGCAUGGUAGGCCGAAUUAUGAGAAUAUAAUAUUUAAAGUGGAUUCUGGAUAUAAUCUAUUGAUAUUUUAUGGAUAUCACAGAGUGUUAAAGUGCAUAGUCUUGGACCCUAACAAUUACUUCAACUUCUCAGAUCUUGUCACAAUUAGAACAAAUGACGCCAUUUUCGUGGAUUUCGAGUUCAUUUCUUCAGAAUACACUGAAAAACUCGAUACCUCGAGAGCAUCUAGUACGACAAAGAGGAAGAAUACAUUGACAAAUACCCCGAGUAGAAGCUUUAGCGGCUCUAGCUCAAGCUCAAUUAGCAACGAUAUUCAAUUUAAAUCGCCAACGAGGAACAGUACGUUUUAUUUUCUGGAGUCAAGUUUGAUAAUUCUUGGCGAGGAUAAUGUGUAUGGGAGUAAUAAAACACCAGUCAGAUGGGUAUAUGGAAUGAAACUGAUGUUUGAGAUUGAGAUACUGAACGGCUGUAAAAGAUUCAACUCAUACACUCACACACCUCUUUUUGGUGACCCAAUAAAACUAUCAGUUCCCUAUAGCAAAUUAAUACCACUCAAUCUGGUCAACAAAACAAACAGGUACGAUAGCGUGAUGCUGUUAGGUCCUGGAUCAACGGGUUUUAUAAGUUUUAAGAGCCCAAGACAUGUAAAACAGUUUAAAAUCAACAACGCAAUCACUGAAGUAACUUGUUGUUGUGCGUAUAGAGAAAAUAAAUUCAUUUUUGGUGAUGAUAAUGGAGGAUUGUACCUGCUUAGGCUAUCAAUCUCAGCACUAAGAAAAACAGUAAAUACAGUUAAGAGAAGAGCAGUAUAUUCCCCUGGAAUGAGUUCAAGUUCUGGCUCGCAAAAUAAUUCUACGGUUUCUAGUCAACAAAGUAAUAAAAGUUUAAGCGGUGAGCAAGAAUUUAUGGUAAGCGAAGUAAUGGCUGUGAAGCUGGGGAACUUUCCAGUUCCUUCAUCCCUAAUAAAGUUGGAUGAGGAACAUAUUUUUUAUACAAGUAAAAUGGGUGACUCAUCUAUUCUAUCUAUUAACUCAAUUCUUAAUUCCAGUAACAGAUAUGAACAAAACUCUGAACAGAGUGACCGUAACAGUACUGAGUGGGCACAAACUAAUUUGGGACCGAUAACAGACUUUGCAUACCGAGAAGAAACGUCCUCAGGAGAAACUACAAUCUUGGCAUGUUGUGGGAUGGGGAAUUCAGGGUCAUUUUGUGAAAUUUAUUUAGGGCUAUCGUCAGAAAUUAUCCACGAAAGUGAUGUUCCGGGAGUCCUUAAUCUGUUCUCAGUCCCCAUGAAGAGUCUCUACAAUUCCACCUCUUCACUCCUAUGUAUAUCAUUCUUUAGGUUUACCAAAUUUUAUAACUUCAGUUUAUCAAGUGUUGAACCUUCUGAGCCUCCAGAUUUGAUUAAUUUGGAGGUGCCAGAACCUGCACAGAGUAGGAGAGUUAAUGUUGGCAGAGUAAACAAAAGACAAAAGGCAAGGGAAGCGCUUAUUAAUGCUCUGGAAAAUAAUACAAGAUCAAAUCAGACUGUGACUAAAGUAAUAAAUAAUUCUCAUAAUCCACCAAACAACUCUAAUAGAACUGGAAAAAUAACAAAGUUUGAGAAUAACGUAUUUUUAUGCAAUGAAAAAACAAUUUUGUUAAGUCAUCUAAGAAAUGGGAACAUAUUACAGGUUACUCCAAGAAAUAUAGUUUUCGUUAACGAUUCAUUUAAAACGGUCAAAAGAACAAAGAUCUCCCAGAUUGUAAGAUUAGCUGAUGACAAGUUGGCGGUUUCUUCAGUUGUUUGUAAUCCGUACAUUAUUUUAUUACUGUCGAACAAUUGUAUAGUAGCAUUGGAGUUCGAUUUAAAAUUGGUCAGCAGCAGGAACCUUGAGUUUAACGUGUCUGCAAUGGGUUGUAUAACUAAAAACGACCUUCUCAACUCUGAUCUUGGUAUAUUUGCAGGUGCAGGAGGUUUAUUAGCCGUCAGUAGCUGGGAUAGUAAUAAUGUGAUAUUAUUCCUGACAGUUAAGGACCUGAAAGUGGUUUGUUCCCACAAAAUAAGCCUGGAUUAUGAUAUAUUUGCGGUUAGCAUAAAAUUCGCCAAGAUUAAUACUAAUGUGUACCUGCUGUUGUCCCUUUCAAACGGGGUUUUAUAUAUUUACCAACUAACAAAGAUUGAUAGAACUAUAAAAUUUACAUUGGUUAACAAGUCAAAAUUAUCAUUAUGGUCAUUUAAAUUGCUUGAACUGAAGGUGAACAAUGAUGAGGAUGAGGAUACAUGUAACCUUUCAAAGGUCCAUUUAAUCACAACAGGACCAAAAUCAUACGUUAUUCACCCUAAAAACGGGAAAAUUAAUUAUACCAAAAUUAAUACCGACAAUUUGCACACAAUGACGACUAUAGCUAACCUAAAAAGUGUAGAAAACACAGAAAAACAAGAAAUGCUGGUAAUAUAUAAUAACCACAAAAGUGUGGUGGUGGGAAAAUUGAACUUGUUGAAUAAUUUUAACGUACAAAAGAUAUUGAAAGGGUCCAACUUUAAUAAAGUGGUUUACCACAGCAAGACUAAAUUGGCAGUAAUAUCAACUAUUCCCCAGUAUAUUAUUAAUCCAAGUAAUUUAACCACCAAUACUCCCAUUAACUCACAGAACACAGAUGUGUUGGAGAGUGGUUACACAUCUGCAACUAACACACAAUCUCAACUUUCUCCCUGCGCAAGUCAACAAUCUAAUAACUCAACCGACUUUAACUCACAGCUAUCAUUGCCAGAUAGCUUAUUAAUCUGUAUGAAUGAUGAUGCGGUUUUGAGUGGAACUGACACCACAAACGUACCCAGUGAGAUAUUGUUGGUGGAUAUUGACACCAAAGAAGUUGUCUAUAGGUUAAGUAUGCCACAGGAUCAUUUAAUCUCAAGCAUGCACAAAUACACCCAUGCUGAGCUCGGUAAGGACUACAUUGUUUUUGGCACAUCUAAGGUGUCCGAGGCCAACGAUGUACCCACCGAGGGCUUCUUGUAUUUUCUAGAGGUUUAUAAGGAAUCGGAAUCUUGUACAGUUAUAGUGAACAGGAACACUGAGCCUUUUAAGGGCGGAGUUGUUGAAAUCACCAGUUUAAACAAAUAUUUGGUAAUUGCAGUUAAUUCUACAGUUAUGGUUAUUGCUCUUCCAGGUCCUAAUGACAAUUCCAAUUCCAAUGACAAUACCAGUACCAGUGUCGCUGUUAAGGAUAGUGAUUGUAACGUAAAGAAAAAUAUUCUUGAACUGGUUGAUAUAAACGAUUCUUCCACGUUGAUCCCUAAAAUAGAUGAAAAUACCCCGUUCCUGGAUGUUGUUGCCAGCUACGACUCGAACACGUUUGUAGUAUCGCUGGACACCAAGGAUGACGUGAUUUUUGUGGGCGAUCUUAUGACCUCAGUCAAGAUGCUCAAGUUCAGAGAUAACAGCUUACACGAGACUUGUAGGGAUUUUAACACGCUGUGGACAACUUCACUGGUUGCAGUGGAUAACUCUUCAUGUCUCGUUUCUGACGAUUCAGGGAAUUUUAUGCUCCUUAAAAAAGUUAAACACCCAGUCACAGACCAACAGUCCAUCAAGUUCGAUAAAAUAGGCCUGUUCCACCAUGGCGAGGUUGUAAACAAGAUUCUAAAACGGACCGAAAUGCCGAUUCACCAUGAGGCAGAUACCACCAUAACGAGGAACAAUCCAAGAGAAUUUAUGGUUUCUAGUCGAGUAAUUUGUGAAAGUGAGACUAAUAGCCCUUCUGAGACCUCAAGCCUUAACGAGCACAACAAUUUGUUCAAGGGUUUCUUUACCUGCGCCACAACUUCUGGCAGUUUGUUCCAGGUCUGCUUCUUUGAGGAUUUGAAGAUGUUCCUGAAGCUGUCACUGCUCGAACACACCAUGCAGCUCGUUCAAAAGGACCUUGGGAACAUCCCAAGCAGGAACCAAAGGAACUUUGAGGACUUGCAUUCCAAUAUUCCCACCAGAGGUUUCGUUGAUGGGGAUCUCGUCGAGUCGUUUCUCAAACUUCCAGACUCUCUCAAAAAGUGGGUCUUUGAUACUAUGCUCAUUAACUCAAAGCAGCUUGGAAUUAAGCUGAACUCUCUUGAGUCCCUACUUUAUGAAGUUGAUCGUAUUAAACACCUAAGACUUGAAUAA